AUGGCCGCGAUCCAGGGCCGCGCAUGGUCAACCGCCUGCCACGCUCUGCGGCGCUCGCUUGCCAGUAGCUCCCCUUAUGCGACUUCGACACCAUCCCAUUGGCGUCAGAGAUUGGUCGCACACCGGUGUGCAGUAGCUGCUUCGAUAUCACCCCGCUGUUUCGCAACGAAUGAAAGUAAGCGGAAUCCCGAUGAAAAAGCAAAGCCGUCCGCGCUUCGAUCGGGGUACGAACGGGUGAAGCAAGCCACGCGUGGAGUAUCUGCCAUUGGCCAUGCCGCUUCUUCACUGUACGCCGGCGUGUCAAGCGCCACGCGUGGCUUCAAUGCCGUCUACUCUCGCGUGGCAGAUACCGCCUACGGUCGCCUGAUGCGACUCGACAAGCCGACGGGCACCCAUCUGCUCUUCCUUCCCAGCGCAUGGGCAAUCUCGCUCGCCUCCUCCUCUCCAACGGACGCCAUCGCAUUGUCCGGGCUGUUCUAUGCCGGUUCCAUGCUUAUGCGCGGCGCUGGCUGCACGAUCAACGACAUCUGGGAUGCUGACAUCGACCGCCAGGUCGCCCGCACCAAGACGCGCCCCAUCGCCGCCGGUGAGGUGUCUACGGCCGCCGCGUGCGGCCUCGUCGCUGCCCAGGUGACCGGCGCGGCCUGGAUUCUGACUAAACUAAACCCCGAAAGCUUCCUCGUAGCCGUCGGGGCGCUGCUUCCGGUGCUUUUUUACCCACUCGCCAAGAGACAUACGGCAUAUCCGCAGGCAGCACUCGGACUCACAAUGAAUUGGGGAGCGUUGCUGGGGUAUACAGCGGCGAGUGGAACUUUAGGUGCACCGGCGUUUUGGCUGUACGGGGCGGGGUGGUGCUGGACCAUGGUGUACGAUACGAUCUAUGCGUUCCAGGACAAGGCCGAUGACGAGAGGAUCGGGGUGAAGUCGACUGCUAGGACAUUUGGGGAUUUCACCAAGCCGGUGCUUCUGAGUUUGACUGCGGGAAAGUUGGCGAUGCUGACGGGGGCUGGAUUGGCGGCAGACUUGUCGAUGCCUUAUUUUGUCGGCACUUCCGCGGCGACAAUGCAUCUCGCGUAUCACGUGUUUGCGACCGACUUGUCAGACCCGAAGCAGUGCGCGAAGGCGUUUCGGAGUAACAGUAUUACCGGUGCGAUAACGUGGGCUUCUGUUAUGGCCGGGCGAGCGUUCUAA